ACGCAGAUAAGUAACACGACAUGUUUCACUCUGCUAUAUAACUAAAAUAUUGUUUCAAUUAAGAAACGAAACAUGUGUCGGACUUCGACUGUUUUAAUUCAAAAUGGCUAUAACCAUGGUUUAAUUUAUAAAAACUUUCGUUAAAAAAUUCUCAAUAGCAGCAAGUUAUGUACCUUCAUCAACCACAUUGACAUUUUUCCAAUUCCUCUUCGAUUCAGGGCCGUAUUUCCUGACCGUAUUUCCACUUAAUUAAAUAUCAUUUAUAAACGAAUUUCAAAGAGAAUACAAAAUGCCUAUUCAAAAGGUUAAAGCUCGUCAAAUUUUCAACUCCAGAGGUGAUCCGACUCUGGAAGUGGACAUAAUCACAGACGUUGGAUUGUUGAGAUCUUCCGUACCAUCUGUUUUGGUACCAAACCCUAAUCAAGCGCAAGAACUAAGGGAUGGAAACGAAGCUAUGUAUCAUGGACGUUCAGUAUUCAGAGCUGUUGACGUAGUUAAUAACAUAAUCGCACCGCAACUAUUGAAGUCGAGGUUGGAGGCUUGCCAACAAAUGGAGAUAGACAGCUUGCUAAACCGUCUAGACGGAACCGAGAAUAAAUCGAAACUAGGUGCAAAUGCAAUUCUUGGUGUUUCCAUUGCCUGCUGUAAGGCUGGUGCCGCAAAGAAAGGACUUCCAGUUUACAGAUAUAUUGCAGAAUUAGCUGAAAAUGGAGAGCUUUAUAUCCCUGUUCCUAGUUUCAACAUGAUCAGUGGAGGCAGGCAUGCGAAUAACACGUUACCAUGCCAAGAAUUUAUGAUCCUGCCCAUAGGAGCUGAAAGUUUCGCUGAUGCUAUGAAAAUGGGUAUGGAAGUGUACAGAGUACUCGAACGGAAGAUCGCGGCUGCUCAAGAAAUCCAAUUACCCCUUCCGGUUAGCGAUGACGGUGCAUUUACACCUCUAGAACUUGAAGAAGAUAGGGAAGCUUUACUGCUGUUAGAUGAAUCUAUUAAAGAAGCAGGUUACGAAGGAAGAAUUAAGAUAGCGUUGGACAUGGCAGCCAGUGCCUUUUACAAAGAAGGAGGAUAUGAUUUAGCAUUUAAAACGGAAGAGUCUGAUCCUGAUGACUAUAUGGAGUCAGAAGCGUUGAAAGAACAGUACUUGGAAUACUUAACAGAAUUCUCAUCUCUCGUCUCGAUCGAAGAUCCAUUCGAUCUCGACGACUGGGAUGGUUGGCUCACGAUAGCUGAUCAAGAUAUUCAAGUCGUUGCAGACGAUUUAACUGCGAUGAACAUUGACAGAAUCGAGGAAGCGAUUGAAAGACAAGUGGCCAACGCUAUGGUGCUGAGAAUGUCACAGGUUGGAACCGUGACGGAGGCGAUCAACUGCGCAAAAAUAGCGAGGAUCAGUGACUGGGGAUAUAUCGUGACAGCUUGCGAAGGAGAAACUGAAGACAACUUUGUAGCUGAUUUGGCUAUAGGACUUUCUGCUGGACAAUUUAAAGCCGGAGCACCCUGCAGAAGCGAAAGAACUGCUAAAUACAAUCAAAUAUUAAGAAUCGAAGAGGAACUUGGAAAAGAUGCAAGAUAUGCUGGUCUCAAUUACAGGAACCCCUUGGCUAAAUAACUCUUCAUUACGCUCCAAAAAUCUUUCUACCAUUGUAAAGUUAAAACUGUUAAGCUUACCAUCUCCCGUGCAAUAAUAUCCAUGAAAUUUAUCGAAAUAUGUGCUUUGGAAACGUUGAUGAUUUCCAUGGAGAGACCUCAUCA